GAGGAGUGGGAGGUGAGUGGGAGGGGGAGUAGGGGGGGUCAAAGGUCGCCGCCGGGCGCGCCAUGGCCGCCGCGCACAUGGAGCUGCUGUGCUGGCGGGGAGACUGGGGUCUUCCCUCGGUUGAUUCGGGCUGCCUCAUCGUCAUGGCGUAUGCCCAUUUUUCCAAUGCACCAGUAAAACUGAAGAAAACUGGGAAUCCAAGGGAAUCUUUGACAGGGUGUUUGCCUAUCCUUAAAUCUGGAGAGAAAACUAUUUCCAAACCACUAAAUAUUCUCAACUGCUUUCGCAAAGAGCAAUACAAUGCAGACUAUGACCUUUCUCCUAAGCAAGGGGCCGACACCAUGGCGUUUGUAGCUUUGAUCGAAGAGAAGCUUUUACCAGCUCUUCUUCACACAUUUUGGGUGGACGAUCAGAACUACACGGGGGUCACGAGGCCGUGGUAUGCGUCGACAAUGCCGUUCCCAUUCAACAUGUUGGUGCCAUACCGAUCCAGCCGGCAGGCGCUAACACGCCUCAAGCUCAGCGUGGGCCGCCCGCCGUAUAUGAGCCUCGCCGAGAUGGAGGCUCAGAUAUAUUGGGAUGCCAAGGAGUGUUUGAAUCUAUUGUCCUUCCAACUGGGUGAAAAAGCAUUCUUCUUCGGAGAAAUGCCCUCGAGCUUGGAUGCCGUCGUAUUUGGUCACCUUGCCCCACUCCUGAAAGCCCCGCUUCUCACCAAGAAACUUCAACUGCAUCUCAAGGCCAUUGAAAAUCUCUGUGCAUUUUGUGAGAGAGUGCUAAUGAGGUGUUUUCCUGGACAGGCCCCAGGGUCCCCAGCAGGGCCCAAUCAGCAGGAUGCCAAACUGCGCAAACUGACGCAGCUGGUAAACAUGGAGUCCAACCUCAUCGAAAAGAUGGACGGAAACCUGCGGGCGAGCCCCAAAGUGGCGCGGCGGGAGAUGUCAAACCCGAGCAUGACAGCCUCCACGCCGACGGAGAACGGAGCACCCUCUCCUUUUCUGCUUCCGUCAGCUUAGCGGCCCUCAGUUGCCUCGUCGUUCUCUCAGGCCUGCUGUCCAAGGCCCAGCAGAGGAGCCAGUGUGCAUUGCACACGGCGGAGGAGAGGCGAUGAAAGAAAUGUGUCCGCUGCUGGUAAAUGUGAUCAGGGAGUGUCGAUGGUCGUGCAAUCAAAAGGUUUGUGUUCUACGUCUCAGUUAAUGGCCUACACAGGGACAACGUACAUGUGGUUCACCGUCCAAAUAAAAAAUAUAAAUGCGGAGUUUUAAAAAUUUCAGUGGUUUAUAAGUGAAGCGUUGGCGAUCCAGAUCAUUGUCUGAUAAUGGAAUGUUUUAACUGGAGACCAACUUUAUUAAGGUGAAGACAUGCAUUGCUAGUAUGUGAAAUCUGUUGCACUGGAUAGAAAUGCACUUUCUCCAAUUGAAGUAUGCCGAGUGUUUGAUCAUUGUGCUUUACACUUGUACAGCUUUCACUUAAAUACAUCGUUACCUUUGUUUAAAUUAUUUAGAUUUAUUGGAAAUUGCAAUUGGUUCUUUAUUUGCAAUAGCUGGUUAAGAUUUUUUAAUUAAACAUUUGUGGUUUUGUCAACCGUUAAACACCUUUGAACGGAUGUUUAAAUUUUUUUUGCUACAUAGCAUAACUCAGCUUAAAAAAUAAAUCAAUAUGUUGGUUGGCUCUUCAGGGUUCAAUAAUGUAUUAUAGGAGACUCAUAACUUGUAUUUUGUUUCUGUAUAUAACUAUGUAUAAACGUACGUGCUUAUUCUGCAAGUGUUAUUAAACACAAUUCGCAUUGAAAUGUUGA